GCUUGUCGAUCGCCAGUGAAGCUUUCGCCAAAGUUCAUGCCUACUGGAUUAUCCAGUGGACUUUCGCAGCAGCUGUACCCGUGGACUAUGUUCCGGUGCACUCGCCUGCGCGGUUGGCUACGGUGAACCGUCGCGGGAAAGGAAUGGUUUCGCUCUAGCCUCAAAGAAGCCACACUUCACUUGGGAGUGCUGAUAUCAUCGGGGCUUCAGUGCCAGCAUGGAGGAGGAGCACAUUCCUGUGGAGGACGACCUGGCUCCAGGUGCAUUCUUUGGGGAGCCUGGUGACGAAGGGCAGCCGUUGGAGCGAUGGCUCAACGACGAUGAAGGUCCGCUGGUUUUCUACCGUGUCAACUCGCAGGACAUAAUCUACAAGGCCAAGAAGAAACGUCCCAAGAUGGUGGGCCACUACCUGAUGGGGGACGUCCUCGGUGAGGGCUCGUACGGCAAGGUCAAGGAAGUGCUUGACUCGGAGACACUUUGCCGGAGAGCUGUCAAGAUCCUCAAGCGGCGCAAGCUGCGCAAGAUCCCCAAUGGCGAGCAGAACGUGCAAAGAGAGAUCCAGCUCCUCCGUCAGCUGAGCCACCGCAACGUCAUCCAACUGGUGGAGGUUCUUCACAGUGAGCAGAAGCAGAAGAUGUACAUGGUCAUGGAGUACUGUGUGGCUGUCUUGCAGGAAUUACUUGACAGUGCCAAGGGCCACCGGCUGCCCCUCUGGCAGGCGCACGGCUACUUCUGCCAGUUGCUGGAUGGAUUGGAGUAUCUGCACAGCCAGGGAAUUGUCCACAAGGACAUCAAGCCGGGCAACCUGCUCCUCACGAACUGUGAGACUCUCAAGAUCUCCGACUUGGGUGUUGCUGAGGCACUAGAUCGAUUUGCUGUGGAUGAUACCUGCCACACAAGCCAGGGUUCUCCUGCCUUCCAACCACCUGAGAUUGCCAAUGGCCUGGACUCUUUUUCUGGUUUUAAAGUGGACGUCUGGUCAUCGGGUGUCACUUUGUUCAACAUAACGACGGGCAAGUACCCCUUUGAGGGGGACAACAUCUACCGUCUGUUUGAGUGCAUUGGCCGAGGCAAGUUUGAGCUUCCCCCUGACGUGGAGCCCACCCUGGGCGACCUUCUGUGUGGAAUGCUGCACAAGGAUCCACAAGUACGCCUGAGCCUCCAGCUGGUGCGACGGCAUGACUGGGUGCGCCGCAAGCCACCCCGUCUUCUCGAGUAUGUCAGCGUUCCCGACCGGAGCAACGGCAGCAACCCUCUGCGGUCCAUGACGGUGAUCCCGUACCUGCCUUUGCUUCAUGGACGGACGCUGGGCGCUGAGGGCGGAGCUGGCAGCCAGGGUGAAGAGGACGAUGAUGACUCGCAGGAGUACUACACCGAGCACGACCUCCAGGAGCUGCGGCAGCGAACGGACGAGAGCUGUGGAGCCGGUGUGCCUCGGCGAGGUUUCCUGAGCCGUUCGCGUGUCUUCAGCGGCUGCCAGCCUUCCUGAAUGCUUGCACACGAGUAUUUUCCUUCCUUCCCAGUGUGAACGCAAUGACGUCUUAUAUUCCACCCUCUCCUUAAAGACAUCCCUUAUUGUGCCUCCCACCCUUAUCUUUCCUGGGUGAAGCUACCGGAAUGCGAAGGGGCCUGUACAGAUGCAUACCAAAUAAAGUGAUGUUUACUUUUGUCA